GGCUGGCUGUGAGUGACGCGCCUGUAGGAGUCGGACUCUGCGCUGCAAUAAAGAGGCAGCGGGCAGCGGAGAGCGCACAAUAGUGGAGCAGAGAGAGAGAGAGAGAGCGAGAGAGAGGCGUCCCAACUCCACCGCUAUACACCACCACCACCACCAUCACCCCCCAUCAAAACCAUCACAACCAUCAACCACAACGAGCACCGACUUCUCCUCCACACCGCCGUGCCUGCUUGUGCGCUGCCUCCUCUCUGUGCGCUCUCACCGCGGAGGAACCCCGCAGGAUCAUGCUGCCGCUCCGGCAGUCUCAUUAACUCAUCCAGCGCGAGGAACAAGACUGCUCUGCGGGGCUCCAACACCCUGAACCACCGCCUGGACCCCGACUGGACACGGAGAAUUAAAAAAGAAAACUUUUCCUAUUGGUCGCCUGUUGGAUAUCUCAGAGCAGCCAUGGGCAGUAAGACCCUGCCAGCACCGGUCCCCCUCCACCCAUCCCUACAGCUGGCCAACUACUCCCUCCUGCAGAGCUCCACAGGUCUCCAGCUGCCAGCAGAUAACUUACACAGCAUCUACAGCUUCAGCGCCCUGCACGCCAUCCACCUCCACCAGUGGACCCUCGGCUACCCUCCACUCGGCCUCCCCCGCUGCACCAUCUCCAAGCUGCCUUCUCAGUUCUCUUCCAUGGCCUCCAUCCCCCUGUUCCCCCACCUCCUGCAGCCCAGGCAAGACUCAGCGGGGCUGCUGCUGAGCUCCAAGAACAAGCCCCGUUUUGACUUUGCCAACCUGGCCACAGCAGCCACCCAGGAGGAUCACCUGAAGGCGGAAGAUCUGAGCAUAACUGGUGCUGCCGCCGCCGCCGCCGCAGCUCAGGCUUCAUCUCUCCACCCGAGCUCCGCCGGCCUGGGAUGCCUCCUGGACGUGACCAAACUCUCUUCUCCGGAGCGCAAGUCCAGCCGAGGUCGCCUGCCUUCCAAGACAAAGAAAGAGUUUGUCUGCAAGUUCUGCGGACGCCAUUUUACCAAAUCCUACAACCUGCUGAUCCACGAGAGGACGCACACGGACGAGAGGCCAUACACCUGUGACAUCUGCCACAAGGCCUUCAGACGACAGGACCACCUCCGGGACCACAGGUACAUCCACUCCAAAGAAAAACCCUUCAAAUGUCAGGAGUGUGGGAAGGGCUUCUGUCAGUCCAGGACUCUGGCUGUCCACAAAACAUUACACAUGCAGGUCAAGGAACUGAAGCCAGCCAAGAUCAAGUGAUUCACUCUGCCUGCAGGGAGGGGGGGGGGACACUGGAAAAAAAAAACACAUGACCAAAGACAACAACAGUGAAAGAACAACCAAAGACUUUUCAUCUCAGAGCCGUCCGCAGCGAUGGGAAUACUUUCCAAGGAUGAAAUGUUUCAGCAGCCAGCCUCUUAAAGAAAUAACACAGAAAUCGGCCUUAGCGGAGACGUGUGUGCGUAGUUAUAAAAGCCUGAUUUGGCACAGGACCCAGUGGACGUGUGGAAUGUGAAAUGGACCUGAAGAACAAAAAGGCUAUAAAAAAAAAAUCUGUGUGGCUGCUCAGUGAAAACUUAACUUCUAAUCCAAAAACUUUUUUUUUUUUUAAAAAGGGACACGACUCUUAUGCAAUGUUUUUAAUACAAGAGCUGAGAAUGAUCAAAGCCAUGUUAACAUAGACACGUUUUCAAUAUCACAUUCCAAUGUUAUUUUUGUACAGAUACAUUAUAUCAGAAAUGUAUUUUUGCACUUUAACCUGAUUAUUGAUUAUUUACAUAUAUCACUGGAUUUC